GUUGCAUCCGUUACGUCGUUGAGCAAACGGUUACGGUAGUUCCGCUACAAACGCCAAAGAAGUUGGAAUUUUUUCACUUUUCUUGUGAUCUCUAUCAGCUCACAUAUUUUCUACCAGAUUUCCCGUAUUUUAUCAGAUUUUUCCUUGUUUAACAAAUUUCCAUUAUCCCGUAUCCUUUUUUUUUCCAAAAUUCCAUUUAAUUCCUCUUUUUUUAUUGAAAACUUCCCUACCUUAGCUGUUCCUCGUGCAGUAAUUUUUCUUUCUGUGAAAGCUGCAAAAAAGCAUAAAAUGAAUGGAAGCAUGAAUGGCGUUGACGGUGGCAGGGCUGUCAAUCGCAUCUGCUACACUCUUGACCAAAUGAAGUCCAUCGGUGAUUUGCCUGCAUCUCGCCGAGUGCCCCAAUGCGCCUCCAUUGAUCGUGGUUUCUACAUCCCGUGGAAGUCAGCACCGAGUCAGUUGAGCCGGAAGAAUGACACGAAGCCACCUGGCCGCGGGAGGGAGACACGCGAUCGUGAAUUCCGUGAACCACGUGAAGGUGUCAAGGAGAGACCGGAAAGACGCAUUGGGAGCGGUAGGAUUGUCGAAAGGGACGUCCAGUGGGCAUGUGAAGGUGGUGGUGAUUCAGGUGCUCCUCUGGGCUACCGCAAUGGGGGCCCAUUGCAGACUUUUGAUGGGCGCAGGAAGCGCUAUGAUGAUCCCCAUCCGACUGAUUGGCUGGAGCGUCGUGGAUUGGGAGCAAGGAAUCCUCCGAGCAUGUUCGACAAGAUGCGAUCACACAACGGUGGGGCCAUCCGGAGAAUGCAGCAGCAGUACGAAGGUGAGCCAGAAUGGCUACAUGCGGGUCCCACGUCGAAAUUCGAUUGUGUUGAACUACACGGUUUCGAUGAGACAAUCAACGAGGAGGAGGCAAAAGAUCACGAUCCAUCCGUGUCAAGCAGUACCCCCGUGAAGGAUCCGCCCCAUCGUCGUCGGGAGAGCAAUGCCGGCACUAAAGCGGAUAAUUUGAGUUUUGAUAAAUUCUUCCGAGCCGAAGGUGACUUGCCUGCCGUUGAGCCAGAUGGGGCAAAAUCUCGCUUCAGUCAGUGGUUCCCCAAAGCCGUUCCCUUCUACCCACGUGAUCAUCCGGAGAAUCGAAGCUUCUCCAUUAUGAAUGAAUUGGAUCACAUCAUGAAUGAUUCAAAGGGAACUGAUGAAGUCAAUGGGACCACCACAGGAAAACAAUCAGCUCCCAUUUUUUCCACCCAAGGCAAUGAAGUUUCAAAGAAUGUAAAGGAGUUUCUCCAAAUGGCCAAUUUGGGUGCUUCCGGAGGGGAGAAACGAAGCGAUAAACUAAUGUCAGUGAAUGACAUUGAAGCAUCUUUGCGAGAUAACAAAAUGUCCGGGAAGGAGCCAAAGGGUGGUGAUGGGCAGCAGGAAGUGAAUGAGGGGUCAUCAAAUGUGGAGAUGGAUGUAUUCCGGAAGUUUGUGGCAAAUAUGCCAAAUGAGCAGCUUGGGGCGAAAGCAGCUGUGCCACCAUUCUUUGUUGAUGACCGAAAUACAGCUAAGCUGUUCAAUAUGGGUUCAAUGCGCUGGGGACGACCAACACUCGCCACAUACGUUGAGCUCCUGCAGAAGAUCAUCAACUACGGCGCCACGCAGAUGAAUCGUCAUGAAUUACUCAAUUCACGCGAUGGGCAGAGAUAUUUUCAAGCCCUGAUGCGCGGUGAGAUGUCUGUGUACAAUUUGCUGCAUGCCAUGCGAAAUCUCCGUCCGGGACGUGAACAAGAGCUAAUCAUUGCUGUGCUCUUUGCCUUCAAUCAGGCAACACAAAUUUUCCACAUGACUCCUCCGUCUUUUGUGCCACAACAACCCCCACUUGCCUUCCCACGAAAUCCCUUUGAUCCCAUGAGCGGUGCCCACACAAUGUUCCCUCCGUCAUUUGGGCAGAAUCAAGGUGGUGGAUCCCCUGCAAAGCCACAGCAGCAGCGUUUCCCAUCGGCGCGUGAAUUGCACCUACAUACGCAGAGUAUUAUGCAGAAUGCACUGAUGAGGAAGAAGAUGGAAGAACAGCUGGAGAACUUUGCAAAGACCCCAUACGGAGGUGCCAUUGAUGGGCAGGGAGCAUCUACUGGCGGGAGACCAUCACAGGCCACUCACCCACCGCACAUGCAGUUCCCAUUUGGAUUUACACCAACAUCUGUGCUGAGCAAGAUGGUAACAACGGACAAGGAUGCGGGGGCAGUACCGCCCAAAAAUGAUUCAAGUGAGGCAUCUUCCAUUUAAAUGAAGAAUCAUUUUUUUUCUUUUACGAUAACUUUGUAUCGCAUAAAUUGUGCAAAAAAAAACCGUUCAUUUAAUUAUUGAGUAAAAAAAAAUAAAGCAAAAAAUCUUUCAAUAAAAAAAUAUUUUUGAAGAUAAA